CUCUUUCAAAGCAGCUUCAAAAUUCAGUUGUACAAAUUUUAAAUUUUCGGUUUCUAUUUCUGGACAUAUUUUAGAUUUCAAAUUGGCCAAGCACCAUGACGCUCUCGCAUUGGUACAGGGAACAGACAGACACGCCGCAGCCGACUGCCAAAGCGAAGAACAUGUCGCGCGCCAGUCAAUUGGAUCAACGCAUGAGAUCCAUUUUAUUGGAGCGCUACGCGAGCAACAAGCCGCUGCGGCAGCAGGCGGGCCUGGACGGCUCCAGAUCGAAGGCGAGCAAGUGCCGCAGGGCGUCCGCGGUGCCAAUGGUCUAUAAAUUUCAGCAGGGGUACGAUAGCAAUCGCAAGGAAAGGGCGCGCAGCGUUAUUCAGUCGCAACAGCAGUUCCGGCAGUUUCGCAGUAUUCCGGUGCCGAACUUCAACGCGCUGCACAAGCGCUGGGAGAAUCGCAACAGGACGCGGCAAUUAAAAUCGCUGCAGAAGAUCACCGAACCGCAAACGCCGCGCACGCUGAUCAACUCGAUGAAGGCGAACAAACGCUGGGAAUCCGAAAUGCUGUCCAUACAGGAGUCCAACAUGAAGGAGUUCACGCUGCGGCCCAGUCUGAUGACAAAAUCGGCCGAUUCAUGGCGCAAGCCUCCGUAUGUGCCAUCCAUCUGGUCGAGCACCGUCAAGACGAAGCCAUUCAAGUUGCAGUGCUUGAAACGUGGCAAGCUCCGCAAGGAGUUCGAUGAGUGUAACCAGCGCAAGCAGGAGGCGCGCUGCCAAGCGAAGGCGAUCGCCGCGUCGCGUCGUUGCCAGGAGGAGUACCAGCAGGCGCGCCAAUUGACCAACUUCAAGGCCAGACCGAAUCCAUGGAAGCGCACCAAAGCCAAAUUGUAACCAAUUUCAAAUAUACUUCGCAAACAGUUCAUA